GCCCGGCCCCUGUGGGUUGCUCCGGGUUCAGUCCCUCCCGCCGCGAGCCGCCCAGGGCGGCGGCCUGCAGCUGCGCCGGUCGCGGGACAGAUGCAAGUAGCUGGGGAGAGGGGUGUUUUUGGUCCAUUUGAGAUGUCAAUCAGGGCAAAGGAGGAAAAUAGCAACCGCGUGUGAGCGCUGGGCCGAGGAUGCACGGAGUCGCCCUUCGCUGCCCGCGCGAGGCGCUGCCGGGGCCUGACUCAGGCCGGGACGGCGCGCGGGGCGCCGCAAAGGCAUGGCGCCCUCUGCGCCGCGGGCCUGGGUGCGAGCCGGCGCGGGAAGCCCCGGCGGGCCCACGGCUUUCCCCUCGCGGCCGCGCCGGCCUCGCAAGUGGGCGGGUCUCCAGGUGCAGCCUGUGAGACGCUGCGGCCGCUGCCCUCCUUCUCCCUUCCCCACCCCCGUUUGUUUUUACCCGUUUGUAGAGCAGGAAGUCCCCCCUAUAAUUCAUUACUAUCCUUUUUCAGAUUAUAUUAAUCUCAUUUUAAGCAAAUCCAGUUUUUCUCUUUAAAGCUUCCCCCAUUCAUCACUGCCUUCCGUGGCACUCAUUAUUUGGAGAAAUCAAGCUGCUUAGGCAGCGUCUAGCGCUGUACCUGGAACUUGACAGCAGCCAACGUGUUUCAUAAAUUAACGCUCGUUUUUCCCCAAGAUGAGGACACCAGGCCUAAAGAGCGUGUAGCUUGAUGAGGUCCCACACUUGGGUAACUGGCCUCCAGGGCUCCAGACGCCUUGGUCCUUGCACUCUCCACCACAUCAGGAGUCCAGUGCUGGUUUAACCCACUCACAGAGAGCCACAAUGGACACAGCCAGCCAUAGCCUUGUCCUCCUGCAGCAGCUGAACAUGCAACGAGAAUUUGGUUUUCUGUGUGAUUGCACUGUUGCUAUUGGAGAUGUUUACUUCAAAGCCCACAGAGCAGUGCUUGCUGCUUUUUCUAACUAUUUCAAGAUGAUAUUUAUUCACCAAACAAGUGAAUGCAUAAAAAUACAACCAACUGACAUCCAGCCUGACAUAUUCAGCUAUUUGUUGCACAUCAUGUACACGGGGAAAGGGCCAAAACAGAUUGUGGAUCACAGUCGUUUGGAGGAAGGGAUUCGAUUUCUUCAUGCCGACUACCUUUCUCAUAUUGCGACCGAAAUGAAUCAAGUGUUCUCACCAGAGACUGUGCAGUCCUCAAAUUUAUAUGGCAUUCAGAUCUCAACGACCCAAAAAACAGCUGUCAAACAAGGGCUGGAGGUCAAAGAAGCUCCUUCCAAUAACAGUGGAAACAGAGCUGCUGUCCAGGGUGACCACCCCCAGUUGCAGCUCUCUCUUGCUAUUGGGCUGGAUGAUGGCACUGCAGACCAGCAGAGGGCCCACCCUGCCGCCCAGGCCUUGGAGGAGCACCAGAAGCCCCCAGUGUCCAUCAAGCAGGAGAGAUGUGACCCAGAAUCUGUGAUUUCUCAGAGCCAUCCCUCACCCUCGUCAGAGGUGACAGGCCCCACUUUCACAGAAAGCAGUAUCAAAAUACACUUAUGCCAUUACUGUGGUGAACGUUUUGAUUCCCGUAGUAAUCUAAGGCAACAUCUCCACACCCAUGUGUCUGGAUCCCUCCCGUUUGGUGUCCCUGCUUCCAUUCUGGAAAGUAAUGACCUUGGUGAAGUGCAUCCACUUAAUGAAACUAGCGAGGCUCUUGAAUGCCGCAGGCUCAGCUCCUUCAUUGUCAAGGAGAACGAGCAGCAGCCUGACCACUCGAACCGGGGUACCACAGAGCCUUUGCAGAUCAGUCAAGUGUCUUUGAUCUCCAAAGACACAGAGCCAGUAGAAUUAAACUGUAAUUUUUCUUUUUCAAGGAAAAGAAAAAUCACCUGUACCAUCUGUGGUCAUAAAUUUCUCCGAAAGAGCCAAUUGCUGGAACACAUGUACACACACAAAGGUAAAUCUUACAGAUAUAACCGAUGCCAAAGAUUUGGUAAUGCAUUAGCCCAGAGAUUUCAGCCGUUCUGUGACAGCUGGUCUGAUGUCCCCCUGAAAAGUUCUCGCUUGUCGCAAGAACCGUUAGACUCAUCUUGUGCCUUAGAGUCAGAGCUCACACAAGAGAAUGUGGACACUAUCCUAGUUGAGUAGCAGUUUCUCCUUCAGAAUUUUUAUAUCAAUUUUGAAAAAAAUUAACGUGGAUUUUUUUAUUCAUGAAUUAUUUUCCUCCUAAAGUUCUAUUGACUUUUUUUCUUUGCCAUUUAUCUAUAGUUUUAAGGUUGUAUAUAUUAGGUCUUCUUAUUGUAAGAUAUAUUAAUACAUGACUACUAAAAUGUAACCUUCAAUUAGGGCUGUGAACUUUUCAUAAAUCGCAGUUUAGAAAUCAGUGUAGAAAUAUGGAACUUUAGAGUGAAUAUUUAUAGAAUUUCUAAGUUACUCUAGAUUGUAGAAUCAGUAAAAGCAAAUUGAAUAUGAAGUAAGUGAAAUCUUUUUAAAAGGAUAUUCUAGACUAUCACUUUUGGCUAAUGUUUUAUAUGAAUUAAGCGCCUAUGAGGAUUAUUUUAAAAUAUUUUCUGCCAUAUAGAAAGUUACUAGUUAUUUUAACGCAUAACUAUAUAACGUAAAAAUUUGCUUUAAGGCAUAGCUAUACCAAAUCAUGAAUAGUUUUAAAAUUACUUUUUACUUACUAGCUCUGCAACAUCUUACGUGGUUUUUAUUUAUUUUUUAACAUUGAGCAUAUCUCAUUUUCAAUAAAAAAUAUUUUAGGUAAAAAAGAGGGAGAAGAGUGAGACGUCAAAAAAAGCUUAAAGAGAGAAACAGUCAGCUACAUACACACAGAUGAGUGUGGAAGCCCCAGAGUCAGAGACAGAGAAGAGAUUCAGGUAGAUCUGUGUUGACUAACACCCCAGUGUUGUCACCUGAACCUAGAGUGUUUUCUUAAAGACCCUAAGAGCAAUUUGAGAUUUUUAUGACCAGGGGUUUACAUGAGUUUAAAGAGGAAAAUGAUAAAAUACAAAUUAUCUUUCUACCCUCAGUGUCAGGAGAUUUUCUAGGCUGCCUGAGUUUAUGUUAAUUUUCUGACAAUUGCUUGAAAAAGUAAUUUUUCAGUGGCAUGGUUUUCACUUUUUUCUGGUCUAUAAAACUAGCAGAGUAGAUAAAGUCAGUGUCCUGGAACUAUGUUUAAAAUCCACGAUAGCUUUCCCUCUGUGAAUAAACUUAACUCCCUUUUAUAGUGGUGAAACUUACAAAGCUAAAACUCCAGAAAAAUUAAGAUUGAUGGACUAAUGAUAGAUUCUCCUGCUCUAUGUAGCUGGGAAAUAGCCGGUCAAACUUCACCACAAAAGAUAGAUCUAAAUUGUUUCUGAAACGUUUAAAUUUCAAAUACUGUAUAGUUAAGAACAAUAAAAGAGAGAAGCUUCAAAACAGCCUCAUCUUUUUUGUAUGCUACCUGUUAAAUUCUAAGCCUUUAGAUUUUAAUAAUAUCUAACCAAUUUGGUUUGUGAAGCUUAGAAUUCAACUGCGUACAAAAACUCUUUGAGCUCCUCCCUGACUGCACACUUUUGACGACAUUUGCUGACAACAUGAGAGUUCCUCAACAGAACGAGUUCAGUGAGGAGGGAGCUCAAAGGGAAAUCCAGCUCAUUCUGAGGGCACGAAGGUUUUCUGUGGGUAGACAGCAAGUUUAGGUGAAUUAUGAAAUGAUAAGUUUUUCUUAAGGCCUGAAUAAAGAAAACCAAUGGGCAUUGUGUAAGGCAGUUGAGUUUCUGCUUUAGACAAGAGAAUAAAAUCUCCUGAGACUAAGAUUCAUAUGUGUUGGGGGGCCGGCCCCGUGGCUGAGUGGUUAGGUUCCCGAGCUCUGCUUCAGCGGCCCAGGGUUUCGCCAGUUCGGAUCCUGGGCGCGGACAUGGCAACACUCAUCAAGCCACGCUGAGGUGGUGUCCCACAUGCCACAGCUAGAAAGACCCACAACUAAAAAUACACCACUAUGUACCGGGGGGCUUUGGGGAGAAAAAGGAGAAAUAUAAUCUUCAAAAAAAAAUAGAUUCCUAUGUGUUGAGAGCAUAAUCUAACUAGCUGUUGAUAGAGGGUGAGUCGUAUUGGGAGGAGUUAAACGCAUUGUUCUUUGGGGUCAGACCUUCAUCUAAUCUUAAACCUAAAUCGUUUAAGCAAUUAUUCAAACUCAUAGUGCCCUCACAGAUUUCACACAAAUAUUAACAUUGAUAUCAGGUGUGUUAGGCUAUUCAGGAUAUAUUCCCUAGCCUUCUUCAAGGAAAAUUCUUUUUUUUCUCCUUCAGGUAACAGUUUUACUGUUUUUUUCCCUUCUAUAUUCUUUCCUACUUGCUCAGUCAUUAGUCCUUGACACAAGAAUGGUUGUAGCUAAAGGGUGGGAUUGGGGUGCCUAGGAGUUGUGGGGUAGGUAGCAUUUCGGGGCCGAGUGAGAGUUUGCUGCGGCUGACUGGCUGUGGUAGACAACAUUAAUUUAAACCGGAAAUAUAUCCACCUUUGUUGGGUGUUAAGAAAAUAGUGGUUAAUUGUAUUCUUAUUCCUAUUCCUAUAGUUCCUUUUAAUAUUAGGAAUUCAAAGCAAAUGUUCUUUCCUUAGUCUUCAUAAUAUCCUCUCUGUUUUAGGGAGUGGAAAAACGUUAACUCCAUUUUGAAGAAAAAAAAUCCCAAAAACUGGGUUGCCGAGAGCCAGUGAAUACUGUUGUGUGACUGGCCCCAGGUUUUUUUUUUUUUCAUUCACUCAACAGGCAUAUUUUUAAAGUAACUGUUAUAUGAUUAACACUGUGCUCUGGGUGUAUUUUUUAAAGACAUGAUUCCUCACUAAGAAAAGCUACUUUGUAUAGAAAAGUUCUUCCAGAUAAACCUUUUAGUUUUGACUACAUCAUCUGCAAAAUGGAGCUAUAAUCUUAGUCAUAUAUUAUGGCUUACAUAAUGAUUACCAAGCUCUUAAAACUGCCAAUGUUAUACAUACCUUAAUCAAUGUAUCAGGCAAAUACUAAACUGACAUUUUCCCCUUGGAUCAGCUUAGAAUUUUCCCUUCUUUCUGGAUCCUACAUAGUUGUUUUCUGAAGAAAAACAGACUGUUUCAGUAUUUGUCCUUAUUAGCAUAUUGUCAGAACUCAGUAUCUGAUAAGUGAGGUCCACCUUGUAAGAAAACCAAGAUUUCUUUGUAUAUAUCUCUUGAGAGUAUUAUUUCUUGCUCUGAUUUUCUGAUUUCCCAUCCGUAAAGUGGAUAUAAACAAUCCCUACCUCACAGGGGUGUUGUGAGGAUUCGUGUUAAAAUUGUAUUAAGUUCUCUCAGCAUUAUUGAUAAAAACCAACAAUAUAAAGAAAACUACAUUUAUUCUGUAGCUAAACUUACUAACUUCACUAUUCUAACCCAUAAAUUCUAGUACAUCUGAGGAGCAGUCAUAUACUAUUUAAUGCUCAAUAAUUAAUUGACAAAAUUCUAUUUUUAUUUUUUACAAAUACUGUAGAAACAGCAGUGUUGCUACAAUUCCUCUUCCACCGUAGUUUAAUCAUCAGUGUUUCUCUUAGCGUUUAGCAAGGAGGAUGUUUGUUCUUUGGCAUUAUUGGGAAUAAAACCUUGCCAAUUCCAGUUUACUGAAAGUUACCCCCAACGUGUUGUCUACACAUAAGAAAAGGAACAAAAGCAAUGGAGAGAAUGACAUUUUGUUUCUUUGAUGCAGGUCAUCCGAAAACUAGAUGGGGACAAGAAAUGGAGUGGGGUUAACAUAGUAAUUCAUUAUGUUCUAUUCAGAUAGUAUUGGAAAAGGCCUCACUUAAACCUGAAGGAAAUACAUAUUAAUCAUGGAAAAAGAUAGUCUGGAAAAUGUAUAAUUCCAUUAACGUUUAUUUGCAUUGGCAAAUUCUUGAUGAUAUAACUCAGAUCCUUGAGAAGUAUGCUUUUUUUGUAGUAAUUAACGUAAAAUAGGCCAUGUGAGGAGUUUUCAUAAUGUAAACUGUGUCUUUGUAUGUUUUAAACUAAAUAUAGCUCUAUGGUAUUUUAUUAUAAUUAAUUUUUAAAUUGCUAAGAGUGAAAUCUGUACCUGAUUAUUCUCUGCUGUACUUCUGUGUUUGUAUCGUUGGACUUUUUGAAAACUGGUGAGAUUACACAGUCCCAAGCCUGAAUGUCUUAUAUACCAGGAAUCAGAAACUGUGACUUUUGUCUUCAAGACCUGGAAGAAUCUUUGUGUUUCAGUCUGUAUCUGUGCCACACUUGGUGACCUAGUAGCUUAUUGCUCUGAUGCAAUUGACAUUAACUGUCAUCAGCUCUUCUGUUUUGUGCCAAAUAGUCAUUUAGUCAGAUCAGAUCAAAUAUCAACUUAAAAUACUUUAAAAGAAACUUGGAUUUUAAAAACUUCUACAAUAAAAAAGGCCCACUGAAGAAAUUUUCAAAAUACAAGUUACACAUAGAAAAUACAGGAGCCUGAAAUCAAUGAGAGAUUGCGUGGUUAGACUCUUCCACCUAAAGUACUGUGAGUUUGCUUCAGAAAUACUCUUUUAGAAAGUUCUGUAUCCUCUAUAUGGAAUGAAAACAGUGGAGUUCCUGUAUUUUAUCACGACAAAUAAAUUAAUGUGACUUGGUCGUAAACAAAACCUUUUAUUAGCUCAGCUUAUAGAAUGUGUUCUUGUUUUACAGCAGUGUCUCCCAAAUGUGUCGUCCUAGUGUGAGGUAAGUGGUCUCUGCCAGGUAACAUUUUGGAGGUAUGAUGCAGUGAGCCCAAUUCUUGUCAACCCUGAUCUGUGUUAGCAGAAAAUUGGUGUCCUAGUCAAGUGCUUUCCAACUCCCAUCCCUGGAGAGAAAGGUAAUGUCUAGUCAUUCCCCAGCCAUGUCUUGCUUUGCUCCUUUCUUUCUUCCCUAUUUACUCUCUACUAUAUCUCCUCCAGUACCAUAAUCUACAACAGUGGUUCUCAACCAGGAUGUAUUAGAGGAACAGAAGCAACAGGAUGUGUGUGUAUGUGUGUGUAUGUGUGUGUAUGUGUAUACACAGUAUGUGUGUUCGUAUACAUAGUAUAUACAGAGAGACUGAUUAGAAGGAGUUGGCUCACACAAUUACAGAGGCUGAGAAGUCCCAAGAUCUACAGUUGGCAGGCUGGAGACCCAGGAGACCUGAUGGUAUAGUUCCAUUCCAAAAGCCAGCAGGUUCGAGACCCACAAAGGCAGGAAAACACCAGUUCCCAGCUCAAUAGUCAGGUGGGAGAAGCUCCUCUUCCUCUCAGAAGGGUCAGCUCUUUUGUUCAUUUGUAGCCCUUCAACUGAUUGCCACAUUAGGGAGGACAGUCUGCUCUCCUCAGUCUGCCGAUUCAAAUGUUCAUCUCAUCCGAAACACCCUCACAGACACACCCAGAACAACGUUUGAGCAAAUAUCUGGGCACCCUGUGGCUCAGUCAAGUUGACACAUAAAGUUAACCAGCACACAGGGUGAUCCCUGUCAUCCUGGGGACAUUUGGUUAUGUGGAGCUGUUUUUGGUUGUCACACUGAGUGGCGUAAGGGGCAGGUUGCUACUGGCAUCUAGUGAGUAGAGGCCAGGGAUGCUGCUAAACAUUUCACAAUGCAGUUUAUCUGGGCCAAAUGUCCGCAGUGCUGAGGUUGACUAAAAGCUUAAAGUGAGUUUUGCAAUGGUUGUCAAUAGCUAAAGAAUGCAAAGAAAGUUAAAUUUGGGGAUUUAUGCCCUAGUUAUCCUUGAAGUUAAUAAUGUUCUUAUGGAGUAUGAGAUGUGUUAGCUCUGAAUUAAGUUCUAUUUUUAUUAUCCUUUAUGGAAGCUUUUAAAAAAUAAAAAGUGUGAUUAUUAAAAAUCAGAGAUGUAUUAAGCAGCAAGACAGUUUUAAAUCUAUUAAUAUAAUGUUUGAAAUAAUUGUGUGUCUAAGAAGGUCUCUUUGUGAAAUUAAAAUGUCAUCGUAGGUUGUAAUUUGUGUAAAUUUUUAAUCUUGCCAAAAGGUGGCAGCAGUAUACCUUUUGAAAAUCUAUUCCACGUUAAGCUCAAAUUUGGCGUCACUACUUAAUUCACUAUUUAGUAGUUAGCUACUGCCAGAUCUUACUUUACUUUAUAGAGUCAUGACUAAUGAGCAUUUUUCUAGAAUUCCAUAAUAUGUUAGGUGCUGAAAUAUCUUGACAUCCCUCUUUGAUCAAGAUAUUUCUAAUUUACAUGUAAAUCUAUUAUAGCAGCAGCAAACUUUUUAAAAUAUCACAUUUACUGUGAUUGUUAUAUUCAGCAUUUCUGAGGAUUCUUGUAAGUCUUUAACAGUAAGGCUUAGAAUUUCAGUCCCAAUCACAUUUGCUCUUCUAAUCAGGCAUCAGACUCAGUUUUUGGUGUUCUGCCUGGUCAAGAGAUAAAUCAGAGACAUUUGAGUAAACACUCCUUGUUUCUUGCCUCUUGUUUCUUUUCUUCACAUCCACAACCUGUGAGGUUGGCCUGUAUAUUAUUUCCUGGAAUUAAUUUUCUCUUUCAACUAUGGUUCAACAACUGACUUUGUAACUUGGUGUUCUUUAUUCCUUUCUCCCCUCACCUCCAUUCUCUGAGCAAGUUGAGACCUUCUGAAUCUUGAAUAGAGUUCUUUCACCUUCAGCUCUUCUUGCCUUCCAAUAGUGAAUACAGUCUGCCCUCUUUUUUCUCCCAUCAUUUCUGCUUGCAACAUUAUUAUUAAUAUUAUCCUAGGACUUUGCAGCUCAUCAUCAAAUGCUUGUCUUAAAUUUAUUUUACAGCUGAUUAGCCAGCUUAAAGAAUGAACCCACUUCCUCUAAAAUAAAUUCUCUUCCAGUGUCUAUACAAUGUUGAAACUUUUUUCAUUGAAACAACAUGGUGAUACUGUAUCAAAAUAAUGAAAAUAAAGUAUUUUCCCUUAAGCUGUUA